GGUUGCCCGCCUUGCAUUGCAAUCAUGGUGGACGUGAUGGAGUCGCCCAAGGCGCGCAUCAACGCCAGCAUGCUAGCUCAGUUCAUCGACCAGCCGGUCUGCUUCGUAGGGAGGCUGGAGAAGAUUCAUCCCACUGGGAAAAUGUUUAUUCUUUCAGAUGGUGAAGGAAAAAAUGGAACUAUUGAGUUGAUGGAACCUCUUGAUGAAGAAAUCUCUGGAAUCGUGGAAGUAGUUGGAAGAGUGACAGCCAAGGCAACCAUUAUGUGUGCAUCUUAUGUCCAGUUUAAAGAAGAUAAUCAUCCUUUUGAUCUUGGACUUUACAAUGAGGCUGUGAAGAUUACCCAUGAGUUCCCUCAGUUUUUUCCUUUGGGAGUUGUGCAGUAUGGUUGAACUAUUUUGAUGAUUGCCGGUGAGCUACACUGAAGACUAUUAAAGGAGGCCCCUGAUAUUUGAAGGAGCAAUUCCUGAGAUUUUUAAUAUUUAAUUUGUUCUCUUGUUAAUUUCAUUUACCUAACUUUAUUAGAUAUUCCAGUGUGCCGUUUUUGACAGAACUGGCUUAUUGACAGUUCUCAUCUAAGUUCUCAUAAAGAGUAAUUUCUCUGGCAUAUGGUCAGAUUUAAAAUGCAAGGAAGAAAAAAAGAGUUGGUUGAACUUAGUUUUUUGCUUUAUUAAUAAAAGCUUAUGUGCU